CGCUCUGGCUAGCUCGAGUCCGCAGAGAUGGUUUGUGCAGCAGGAGAUGACAGACGGUUCGCCAAGUAUGGGCGAAACAGGGAAUGCUGUACCAGCGAUGGGAACCCUUCCAUUCUACAAUACAGCCAGCAAAACUCUGCCAAUGUCCUUCAAUGAUGCCACCUCCAGCUCAUGCACCAUCACACCCGGCGAAAAGCCCAUCCGAAGAGGUCCUUUCCGGAGACCUAACCCAAAAGCCCUGGGCUGGUUCUGCCUCCUCCACCUGCCAUCCAUGCUCACGACAUCGGCCCUGCUAGGCCUCUACGUCAGCGAGCACCAAUGGCACCCAAACGACCACGAAGUCAAGGUCCUCCUGGUGGCGUCCAAGAUCCACGAGCUCCUGAUCGUGGUCUCGCUCUCCAGCCUGCUGCACUACCGGAUGCGCCACGCCCUGCUGCGCGGCCCGCGCGGCCUGCCGCUGGGGCUGCUGGCGUCGCCGUUCCAGCUCAACGACCCGCUGUGUCUGCUGCAGCGGCCGUUCCUCUCGACGGCGGGCAGCAUGCUCAGGGCGCCGUCCGAGUUCCUCACCAUCGCCCUGGUCCUGCUCGGCGUGCUCCUCACCCUGGUCGCCGCCCCGAGCUCCGGCAUCCUCAUCCUGCCCCGCCUCGACUGGUGGCGGCUGCCGGCCUCGGGCCUCGAGGUCGGUGACGGCACCACCUCGGUGCACCGGCUGUUCUACAGCGCCUUUCCGCCCGCGACCAACGCCCGCUACGAUCUGCGCUCUGCCGACUACCCGCGCCCGGCCGAGGACCACUUUCGGGACCUGCACCUCAGCAUGCUCGCCGGCCUCGACCUGCUGGUCAAGGGCAGCGCGCCGAACGAGCGGUACCGCGCGAACCUCUCCGUCCCGCAGGAGGCGUCGACGCAUCCCUUCCAGGUGGAUCUGCUGGACGAGGCAGGGCGGUCGGGUGAUUCCCGGCUCGAGGUGGCGUGCUCGGCGCCCAUGUCGUCCGUCACGCAGGCGUUGACGACGAGGGGUGGGAGGUGGUCUGCGCACACGUCAAAGGCAGCCAGGAUCUUUGUGAAGCCCACGCUGUUGAAGGAUGGAGAGGAUCAGAAGGGAUGGAGACAGCCGAGGGUUUCGGUGCAGUGCAGCCCAGUGGUCGAAGCUCAGGGAGAGUUCAAGGAUGUCACGUUUGCGGGAGGCUACUUUGGGUUUGUCAAGCUGGAGAGGAGCGUCAUUGCAGAGGCAGUCAAGAACAUGUCGGACUCUCGGCCCAUCACGGUCGUGGGGACGGAGAGUGAGCUCCUCCCCCUCGACAGGAACCUGUCGGCAUUUGCGAUCAUGGACAGCAACGUCGGCACUAGCCAAGACAAGCGCAGACUGGCGUGCCUGAUCGACGCACGCUGGGUGGCCAUGCCUCCGGUGUGGAUCGAGACGGAACGCGCCGCCAUUUCCCAAGGCGGCGACAUGGUCGAUCUCGACGCAGGCCGACCCACCGAGCCACCCAUUUCGGUCCUGCAGAACUACGCAGCAGGAUGGGUGGGCGCUGCACGCGGCUUCUUGUCCAACGGCAGGGCCUCACAAAACAGCGGCAACGCCACCGACCAGAGCCCUCUCGAGCACAUGGUCAGCCACUGUGCCGAGGCCAUGCACCAGGAGACUCUGAGGAACCGGUGUUUGUCCAGUGGGCUGGCUCUAAUGCUAACAGACACGCUGCGGAGGUCUGCCGCGCUGGGCGAGGAACAAACCGGCCCGAUGGACACGGCGACUUACUACUUUACCGAGAUGGACUUUGAGUAUUUCCACUUCACGUACAGCUACAAAUUUGGGGGCUGGCUCAUCACCUUUGCCUUUGUGGUCUUGUUCGUGCACGUGGCUCUGAUUGCGGUGCAUUUGGUUGUGCUUCUGCUCGGCGGCGAGUGGUACCAAGGUUCUUGCACGUGGGGCGGGAUUGGAGGGUUGCUGGUUUUGGCGCUGGUUGCCACGCCUCCGGACGGCUUGAGAAUGAAGACCAGAGGAGACGAUCCCAGAGAUGGGUGGGAUAUAUGGAAGCAUAGGGUUCUGGUGCAGCCGAGUCCCGAGACUGGAGAGGGGACCAUGUCUGUCCAUGAAGGGUCUGAGUUGAUGUGGAUUGAUCCCAAGACUGAGAGACGGAAGCGGGAGUGGAAAGCCUUUUCAUUCAGCUGGUUGACAUUUCUGAACCAUUUAUGAGUAAAAUCCGAACGUUGGAUGCCAGUGCCACAUGGUCCCGCAAUAGAGAGCAUCUCUGAAACCAAGAGGCCGCCAUAUCCGCAAUCAAU